UAUCACUCUCCACACAAUAUCGCCUGGCGGGACUUAUAUUAUUUAAAGAGGCAGGAAAUACACCAGCUGCGAGUAGGCUCAAUACACAAAGCUGUCCAUUGACUACGACACAACCGCCAUAAUUUUAAAUAUAAGGAGCUGUCCAGGUAUGAAAAGGAGCAGAUAUGAUGAAGACUCUGGGUCAGUACACUUGGUUCAAGAAACUGGGCUGCGAGCAAACAAGCUCCCUCGAUCAGAAGUGGAAAAAAUUAUUUCAAAUAAGGUAAGGGCUGCGGUCGAGCUGUCAGACCACAAGAUGAAAGAUCUGAUGGGGAGAAUAAGUGAGGUGAAGAGUGAACCCAAAUAUGAUGCAAGAAUCCAGAAACUGGAAGCACAUGUAAUGAAGAUAAAACGAAGGGGAGAUGCCGUAUUUGCAUAUAUUCAAAAAGUCAGAUCCUUGGGGAGUCUGUCUUUCUCUACUGUACUUUCCGGUGCUGCUUCUGGGCAGCCACAGCAAUGCAUCUCUGCAGCUGAACCAAGUAUUAAUAGCAUGUCCAGAAGUUUACUCAUUGGAGGAUGUUCCAGUGACCGAACUUCAGUGUCGUCAGCAGAUAAUAACUGUGGAGUAGCCGCUUCAAAAAGACCCAAGAAGGGGUACUGGGAGAGUCUGCGGUCCAAGAAACAAGUUGUUGACCUAACAGAGGAAGACGAAGCAGGUAGACUGAAUGAAGAGAGCCUGUUUACCCAGCCAUCAGAUCAGAAAGUGGAACCACCAGAACAAUCAAAACCCCCAGGCACACCUCCCACAGCCAUGAAAGCAGUGGAGGAGGACACUGUCAGUUCUUCAGUGCAAUUGGAAGAGGAGGACUGGCAUUCAAAACUCCCUCCCUUUCCGGAUACCCCGUUUCCCAAGGAGCUUCCAGUUACAGCUGCCUCUUACAACUUGCCCCAGAAGCCAGUGGUGAAACUUGCACGAAUUGGACGUGCACAAGAAUUAGGCAUUGCAUGGAGUGUUGAUAGGAAAGACCCUCAUGCUGCUGAGAUGGACACUUACUACAUAUAUGUUGCCCAUGAGCACAGAAAUGGCACUUUUUCAGAUUGGAAGUGCCUUGGAGUGAUCAAAGCCAUGCCUCUUCCUAUGGCCUGCAAAGUCUCGGACUGCAGUGGAGAUAAAAGACUGUGUUUUAUUGUCGUAGGGAAAGAUAUAUUUGGACGUUAUGGGCCGUACAGUGACGUACAUACUGUUGGACUGGGACAAACAUGAUGAAUGUUUCUUUUGCAGUAAACCUCAGUCUGGGUAGACACCAUUUUGAGUUACGUGGAUCAAAACAAGCAGACUUUACAAUGGUAUGCAGUGUAUGAAGGUCCUAGCAGUUGUGAUUUACACUCGUGUGUGUGUGUGUGUGUGUGUGUGUUCUGUGUUCUGUGUUCUUUUUUGUUUUUUAAGAAAAAUUGAUUUUCAAUGUUUUGUCCACUAAACAUAUGAUACGCUUUUAAACAACCGUACAACCUCAUAAAACACUAUUCAACAGAAAACAUGACCUUUUAUAAUUUACAAUCACAAACAGUAUUAAGAAGCUGCCAUCUUGUAUUGUUUUUAAUUUGGUUAUAAAGCAAACCUGAUUUCACUUGCCUGAUUUCAACAAUCUGAUUUCAUUUGUUCAGUGGCAUCAGUCAACAAAGCCGUCACUAGUUGGAUUAGACAGGAGUAAAAUCUGAUUGUUAAAGUCCAAUUUAAGUGUCAGAAAACCAUUUCAAACACCAUUUAUUUCUUGUAAUUACUGAGUUUGUAGAUUCUGCAAGUUAAGAAUAAAAUGUGAUUUAAAUUAAAA